AUGGACGUGAUUCCACCUCCAAUGGACAUGAUUGCUAUCAAUUGUGAUGGGAGUUGGGAUAUUUCUGGAUUGGGGGGCAAAGGUGUGGUGAUUAGAAACCACCUGGGGUCGUUUAUGGGUGGUCUUGCUUCCCUGGUUCGCGCUAGCUCUGUAGAGGCAGUGGAAGCGCUAGCCAUUCUUGCCGGCGUCAAUCUCGCCGUUGACAUGAAUAUGAAAGCAGUCCAAGUUCAAUCUGAUUCACAAUCAGUCAUCUCAGAUCUAAAUUCUAUUGCCACGUGCAAUAAUUGGAGAACUAAUCUGAUUGUUGAAGAAAUCAAAUGGAAGAGCAGGUAUUUUGAUCGGGUUCACUGGAGGUGGAUACCGCGAGAAGCUAAUUCUGCUGCUCACACAGCAGCACAGCUUGGAAAACAGGUGUUGGGCCUCUGCAUCUGGUCGGAGACUCCCCCACCGUCUCUCACUAUGGUUUUGAGAAAUGACGGGCUUCCAUGCCCUCAUGAUGUUGUAAUAUAG